AUGUGCCUGCUCCAGGGACUUGUCCUCCUGGCCAGCCUCAUCCCACCAGUGCUUGGCUCAUGGGGUGUGACCUACCCUGAGUCGGUGCUGGGGGUGAGGGGCUCCUGCGUGCUGGUGCCCUGCACCCUGAGCUACCCUGACAGCGUGGUGCCCAGCGAGGGCAUCGUGGCCAUCUGGUACAAGGACUACAACGACCAGAAGACGCUGGUGUACCACUCGGCUGCCCAGGAGGUGGAUGCUCGCUUCAGGGGCCGUGCCCGCCUGCUGGGGGAUGUCUCCGCUCGCAACUGCAGCCUGCUGCUGCUGGAGGCGGCACCGGAGGACUCCGGACCUUACCGGUUCCGCUUUGAGAUCGUCAACGGCGACCGCUGGUCGGCGGAGCGGGAUGUGCUGCUCAGCAUUUCGGAUGACCUCCAGAAGCCGAACAUUGCCGCCAGCGAGGAGCAUACCGAGGGGCAGACGACCACCUUGGAGUGCUCCACACCCUAUGCCUGCCUCCCCGGAGAUGCUGCCCUGCGCUGGGAGGGCUACGACCCACAGGUCUCCAGGGUGUCCAGCCGCUUCCAGAUGGACGCGAGUGGGGCUGGCCACUACCUGACCCUCACCACCUCCUUCUCCUGGAAGGACCACUCCAAAAAGCUGCUCUGUGAACUUUCCUAUGGGUCCAGGAAGGCCACUGGGGAGGUCAUCCUGCGGGUGAGACAUGCCCCAAAGGACACCCAGGUGUCAGUCACCCCCUCCAUGCAGAACAUCCGUGUGGGUGACACGGUGUCCCUCACCUGCGAGGUGAGCAGCAGCUACCCUCCCAUCUCAGCAUAUCACUGGUACAAGGAUGGAGUGGCCCUGGGCAGCGAGAAGGUCUUGACCCUCCGAGAUGUUCAGCGUGAGGACUAUGGGCAGUACCACUGUGAAGCCCAGAACGCUCUUGGGGUUGGCACGGCACUGGCCACAACCCUCUACAUCUUCUCUGCAGAGAUCUCAGUGAGCCCCGCGGCCGAGGUGCGGGAGGGGACAGCCACCACCUUGUCCUGUGAUGUCCCUGGCAGGGAGGGCCAGGACCUCAACUACACCUGGUACAAGAACAGUGCCUGGCUGAAGGAGGGCCCAGCACACACCCUGCUCUUCCAGCACGUGGCUGUCACCGAUGCUGGCUACUACUCCUGCAAGGUGACCAACGACCAGGGCAGUGACACGUCCCAGCCCAUCAUCCUGACUGUGACAUACCCUCCCCGGAACCCCACUCUGACGCUCUUCCAGGAGACACAGGGUGGCCGGGUGGCCAUGGUGGGCUGUGCUGUGGACAGCCACCCUCCAGCCACCAUGGCCAUUUCCCGUGGUGGCACCUUGCUGGCAGCCAGCGGGUCGCAGGCGGCCCCGAGCCAGCGGUUUGGUGUCACUGCUGCCCGCAACAGCCUGCGGCUGGAGAUCCACAACGUGGGGCUGCAGGAUGCUGGGGAGUACCUCUGCACGGCCACCAACGCCUAUGGCAAUGCCACUGCCACCAAGCUCUUCAUCCCCCGGGCCACGGAGGUCCUGAUCCAGCCUUCAGCGGAGGUGCAGGAAGGGACAGCCGUCACCUUGACCUGCUUGGGCGAUCAGGAUGAGGCAGAGGAGACCCUCUACACGUGGUACAGGAACAGCAGGAGGCUGCAGGAGAGCUCGUCCCGAGCGCUGCGGUUCCCCAGCGUCCGUGGUGAGGACGCAGGAGCUUUCCAGUGCCAGGUUCAGCACCGCAACAGCAGCCACAGCUCCGCGGCCGUCCCGCUCCGUGUGCUCUUUCCACCAAGGCAACCAGUGAUGAGCUCCUUCCUGCAGACCCAAGGUGGGCACCUGGGCAUCAUCCAGUGCACCACCGAGAGUGACCCAGAGGCCAGCCUGACCUUGUGGCGAGGAGAAGAAGCAAUAGCCUGCACCCAGGGCUGCCUCACAGCCCCCAACCCCAGGGUCCAUGUCACCCUGUCCUACAACAGCCUGAAGGUGGAGAUCUGGGAGGUGGUGCUGGAGGAUGAGGGGACCUACGUGUGCUGGGCUGGGAACUCGCUUGGCAAUGCCAGCACAGCUGUGGACUUCAGGGCUGAGACUGCCAGCAUCUCAGUGUCUCCAUCCUCCAGCGUGCUGGAAGGCCACACUGUCAACCUGACCUGUCACCUGAGCAGCCACUCCCUGGCUCUGCCCAACUUCACCUGGUACCACAAUGGGCAGUGGCUGGCUGAGGGCUCAGCCUCCUCCCUGGUGUUCCAGCAUGUGGCCAGCAGGGACUCAGGGCUCUACCACUGCAGGGCCACCACCUCCAGCGGCAGCAGGAGCUCUGCUGAGGUCUCCCUGGAUGUGCUGUACCCACCACGGGACCUCCACUUGACAUCAUUCCUGGAGACAGAGAGAGGCAGCCUGGCCAUCUUUCAAUGCCUGGUGGCAAGCAAUCCUCCUGCCCAGCUGUCCCUGAGCCGGGGUGAGGAGCUGGUGGCCACCAGCCGUGGUGGGAGCAGUCCGAGGGUCAGCGUCUCAGCCACCCCCAACACCCUGAAGGUGGAGAUCACAGAGGUGACACCAGCAGAUGAAGGCAGAUACCACUGCACGGCCACCAACGCACAUGGAACCACCACAGGACGACUCUACCUCCCUGUAGAGACUGCCCGAGUCCUCAUCUCCCCAUCUGCGGAGGUGCUGGAAGGAGAUGACGUCUCCCUGACAUGCCAGGCGGCAGGGGGGUCGCAGGCUGACUCCCUCUACUCCUGGUACAAGAACAGUGAAUGGCUCCAGGAGAGCCCCAACAACCUCCUUGCUCUGCCCCACAUCACCAGCGCCGCUGCUGGCUCCUACCACUGCCGAGCCCACGGCCCCUCGGGCACCAGCACCUCCCCGGCUGUCACCCUGCGAGUCACCUACCCUCCACGGGUGCCAGUGCUGACAUCCUACCUGGAGACCCCCGAGGGGCUGCAAGGUGUCCUGCAGUGCAGGGUGGACAGCAUCCCCCAGGCAGAGCUGGCUCUCUUCAAGGACCAGGUGUUGGUGGCCUCUACAGCACUACCCCAGCCCAGCACUCUGCCACGGCACAGGGCCACCUGGGCCUUCAACACACUGCGGGUCAGCAUCAGCCCCCUGCUGCUGGAGGACGAGGGCCAGUACCUGUGCUCUGCCAGCAAUGCCCACGGCAAUGCCAGUGCCAUGGCCAACUUCACAGCAGGCAGUGAGUGA